CGACACUAGUUUGUCCUCAGAGGAGAUUCGUAGAGAAAGGCGUGCCCAGUUGCCCGGUUUAUCCGGAAGAAGCGCAUGACUGUUUACCGCUGAGCAAGAUGAAACGUUGCAUAUGCUGUUUGUAUGAAACUCAAGUGGUAAAAUGUUAACCCGGACCAGUGAUGCCACUAGGUGUCCCCAGGGUGCUAAAUAGAGUUUCACAAGAGCAUUAUGGGUACAGCCUCAUCUUUAGUAAGUCCCGGAGAUGUGAUUGAGGAUGGGUACGGGGCUGAGGGUGGAGAAGCGUGUGAGAUUCCUGUGGAAGUCAAGCCAAAAGCACGAUUGGUACGCAGCUCAUUCCGACGUGGCCCACGGGUCAUCGGUGCCAGCUUCAAAUCCACAGGCUCUGUGGAGCUGGAAUACGCUGCUGAAUAUGAGCGUCUCCGGAAGGACUAUGAGAUCUUCCGUGUAAGCAAGAACAACGAGAUAGCAGCCAUGCAGAAGAAAGAGGCCAAGCUGGAUGAGGAGAACAAGAGGCUACGUGCUGAGCUGCAGGCUUUGCAAAAGACCUACCAGAAGAUUCUCAGAGAGAAAGAAAGUGCUUUGGAGGCAAAAUACCAGGCCAUGGAGAGAGCAGCCACCUUUGAACAUGACCGAGACAAAGUGAAACGGCAAUUUAAGAUCUUCCGUGAGACCAAAGAAAAGGAAAUUCAGGAUUUGUUAAGGGCAAAGCGUGAUCUGGAGUCCAAACUGCAGCAGCUGCAGGCUGCAGGUAUCCAGCUGUACGAGCCUUUUGACUCCGACUCUGAUGACAACAACACAAGUGUCACAACUGCAGGCACUCAGUGUGAGUACUGGAGUGGAGGCAUUCUGGGUAGUGAGCCUUCCAUGGGGAGUAUGAUGCAGCUGCAGCAGGGUCACAGAGGGCCUGAGUUUGCCCACAGUCUCAUCGAUGUGGAGGGGCCAUUCGCCAAUGUCAGCAGAGAUGAUUGGGAUGCAGCAGUGGCCAGUCUGCUUCAGGUUUCUCCCCAUGUAUCUCAGGCUUUAUGGAGUAACACAGUCCGCUGUUACCUCAUCUACACUCAAGAGACCAGAGCAGAACUCCAAGCCUUUUUACAAACUCAUUCUCCUGGUUUGAAGAGGUUUUGUGAGAAUUUGGGCCAUUUCUACUUAACUGUGUGUUUCCCCGAGGAAGAAGCUGCUCUGUACGCUACUGAACGCCAGCUGGAGCUUGAGAGGAGCUCAGUGUGUGUGCUGCUGCUCAAGUCCUCAGUGUCAAGUUGUGUAAUGGAAGAUGUGGAGGAGGCAUUUGUACGCACUCCAGACUCUCAUCCUUUGCUAGUUUAUCUAAAUACGGGAGAAAAGAAAGUAGAAUUUGCGGGGGCUUCCUGUCUGAGCUCGGCCACUAGAGACCUGCUGGAGAAAGUUAACAAUGCAGACAAGGCCGCUAAGGUUAAGGUGGUGAACCAUUCAGGCUCAGCAGAGGAGGGAGCAGCACUUAUUUAUGCUCAGCUAGAAAAGAUUAUAAAGCAGGAACUGUUGGGUUUGGAGCUAGAGGACAGCACAGGACUGGAGGACAGAGAAGAAUCAGACUCUGGUGAUGUGCUGUGGGAUUUACAUGAUGAACAGGAGCAGACUGAGGCCUACCAGCACAUUUGCAGUGCUUCACCUAGUCUCAGCUUUCAGAAGUACAUUGAUGGUCUGAAUGAUAUGGUUGCUGCUCCUCCCCCCACUCCUCCUUUACUAGUGUCAGGAGGACCAGGCUCGGGCAAAUCUCUCCUUCUUGCUAAAUGGAUAGAGCUACAGCAGAAGCGCUCCCCCAACACACUGAUUCUCUAUCACUUUGUGGGUCCUGCUCUAUCCACAAGUGCAGAGCCCGUCCUCAUCAUCAAACGCCUCACUGUGAAGCUUCUGCAGCAUUUCUGGUCACUCUCAGGCUUGUCCAUGGACCCCUGUAAGAUCCUGGAGGAAUUUCCUCGCUGGCUGGAGAGACUGUCCUCACGCCAUCAUGGCAACAUUAUUAUUGUCAUUGACUCCAUUGACCAAAUCCAGAAUGCAGAGCGACAUAUGAAGUGGCUGAUUGAUCCACUUCCUGCUAACGUCAGAGUUCUGGUGUCUGUCAAUGUAGAGUCAUGCCCACAGGCUUGGAGGCUGUGGCCCACUUUACACUUGGACCCUCUCAAUCCACGAGAAGUGAAAAGUGUCCUCAACACAGUGUGUCUGAACACUGACAUGAAACCCACAAAAGAGCAGGAAAAGAAAUUAGAAAGACACUGCCGUUCCGCUUCCACCUGCAGUGCACUGUACGUCUCACUCCUGGCCAGGCUCCUCACCUACACUAGAUCAUCCUGGACAUUGGACAGAAUGCUACAUCAGAGUGUGUUAUGUCAGGACACAGUGGCUUUGUACAGACUCAGCCUGAAGGUGGUACUGGAUUCACUGAACGCAGACAGAGAGAGACAUGUCAUGAGAGAAUUAUUGUGCCUGCUCUAUGCCAGUCAUAAUGGCAUUAGUGAAUCUGAACUCUUGGAUGUUUUUCCAGAGCUGCAUUUCCCAGCGCUCUCCUCUCUGCUCUGCAGUCUGCAAAAACUCCUCAUCAUCACCUUCAGAUGUGGCCUUGUCCGCUUUCAGCACCCGCAGGCGUGUGAGGCUGUAAUGCAGGAGUUCCUUGAUGGAAGGAGAUGUUGCUCGUUGUACAGAGAGAAACUCAUUCAGUAUUUUAACCAGAAGCUUAGUGAGAACAGAGUGACCUGGCGUGUUGCUGAUGAGUUGCCAUGGUUGCUGCAGCAGCAGGGGGACAAAUGUAAACUACAGUUCAGUCUACUCAACCUGUUUGUCUCCCAGAAUCUCUACAAGAGGGGUCAUUUCGCAGAGCUGCUGGCAUACUGGCAGUUUGUUGGGAAGGAUAAAGUGUCCAUGGCAGCUGAAUAUUGUGAUGCUCUAAAGGAGUUUGAGCGGAAUUGUGACAGUGAAGAAAGCAUGUGCAGACUGGCCAACCUGUAUGAGACCCUCGGCCGAUUCCUUAAUGACCUGGGUCUCCUCAGUCAGGCAGUUGCACCCCUGCAGCGCUCUCUAGAGAUUCGUGAGACAGCUCUGGAUCCAGAUCACCCCAGUGUGGCACAGUCACUGCACCAGUUGGCUGGAGUUUACGUCCACUGGAGGAAGUUCGGCAAUGCAGAGCAACUGUACAAGCAGGCACUGGAGAUCACUGAGAAUGCAUAUGGAGCUGAGCAUUCAAGUGUGGCAAGAGAACUCGACUCCCUCUCACUCCUGUACCAGAAACAAAACAAAUAUGAGCAGGCUGAGAAACUGCAUAAGAGAUCAGUCAAAAUCAGGCAGAAAAUGGCUCGUCAAAAAGGCCACAUGUACGGGUUUACUCUACUGCGUCGCCGAGCGCUGCAGUUGGAAGAAUUGACUCUCAGUAAAGACUCAGCCGACUGUGCCAAGACUCUCAAUGAACUUGGUGUCCUCUACUACCUCCAGAACAACCUUGAUGCAGCGAAGGUGUUCUUGAUGCGUUCAUUGGAGAUGCGGCAGCGUGUGUUGGGCGCUGAUCACCCGGACUGUGCACAGUCUCUGAAUAACCUGGCUGCUCUGCACUGUGAGAGGAGGGAUUACGAGAGCGCUGAGCAGCUGUAUGAGAAAGCACUGGAAAUCCGCAAACGAGCCCUCGCUCCAGACCACCCAUCUCUAGCCUAUACCCUCAAACAUCUUGCCAUGCUCUACAAACGCAGGGGGAAGAUGGAGAAGGCAGUGCCUCUCUAUGAGUUGGCUCUUGAGAUCCGAGAGAAGAGCUUUGGGCCCAAACACCCCAGUGUGGCUACAGCUCUUGUUAAUCUCGGUGUGCUCUACUGCCAGCUGAAGAAGCACAACGAGGCAUUACCACUGUAUGAGCGGGCUCUCAGAGUGUAUGAGGAUAGCCUUGGGCGACUGCACCCUCGAGUAGGAGAGACCCUAAAAAAUCUGGCUGUGCUCAGUUACGAGGAAGGGGAUUUUGAGAAAGCCGCUGAGCUGUACAAACGAGCCAUGGAGAUCAAGGAGGCCGAAACGUCUUUGGUGUGUGAGAAAGCACCAUCUCCUCACUCAUCCAGCGGCGACACAUUCAGCUUGCAAAGCCCCACCCUCCUACCUCACACCCCCAGGUGACCUCUGACACUUCCAUCUGUCCUCUUAAAAAAACUGACUUGUGUAAUACACCAAAGGAAAGUUCUGGUCCAAGCAAUUACACCUGUGCCCUGUGGGGAAAUAACACGUGAACUGAAUGGUAAUUUUUGUUACUUGUCAUUUAUUGGGCAUUGUCAGUCCUGCUUACUGCUGUAGAUAAUACUAUUUUAAAGUGUUAUUUUUCAAAACCUUGGUAUGCAGAGAUGGUAUUUUUUGGUUUCAGUUACCUUUAAUGUAAAAAAACUGAAUAUGUGAGUGUAAAUCAGCUUUAGAAAAACGAUAGUGUUCUUGUGUACAGCAAUACAAUGUUAGUCUCAGUGCUACAGGUGAAAAGAUCGUUAGGAAGUGAAUGAUAGUCUAGAACAUAAUGUGCCUUACAAAAAAUCUAACAUAGGAACAUGUGCAUAGAUCUGUAACAUUAAACUGGUGACAUCUGAAGUUGUGCAACUCGUAAAGUUGUCAGAGCCAUAAGUAUACAAACAAAGCUGCUGCUUAGACCUGUUUGAAGUAUGUAUAUGAAACAUGGCAAUCAGUUAAUUAUAAACAUUUAACACAGUUCUAAAUGGCUCUGAGUCUAUGUAAUAAUGGAGAAUCAACAUACUUGUAAAGCCAUUUAUGCUUAAAAUUCCACAAGAUUUCCAGUAAGUCUUAAAAAUAGCAUGUAUUAUUUAGCAUCUUAUUGUAACGCAACUGAAGGAUGUUUUGGUGUUAUUUAAAACAAAAAUUAGCAAACCACUUAAACUUUUUUUGUCAUUUCCAGAUGACAUUUACAUUCUUGCCUGAUUGUGGCUUUUAUGCAGGCUUUCAGACUUUCUCUACUUUUAUUUUUUCUUUAUUUAAAAAUGCUAAAUGUCAGAAUACCCUGCCUUCUCAUACAUGCUAUUUCCAGUGAUAGAUUUUAGAAAACUUUGAGUAAUGUGUCACAAUUCUCAUACCUGAAUACAUUGUUAAAAUGAUGGUACACACAUUUAUCCUAAUCCUUACAUAGGACAAAUGUGUGUUCUUGUUCAGUUAUGACCCUACAGAGAAACUGCUACACUAACAUCAACAUUUUCUGCCAUGAGAAAGAGAAGUCGUAAAAUGUUACUUUUUGUGUUGGUAUGUGUUUUGAUAUUUGUACUUUUGUUUUAUAAUGAUAAGAGUACUUAAACACUACAUUAAUUAUGUAAAUUACAUUUAUUAAUACAGUUUAUAAAGAUGACUGAAUAUUAAACAAUAUCUUUUUUAAAUCAAAAAUACAUCAUGAAUUACUGAAUUAACUUUCCUGUUAAACAACUUUCAGUGUCUAAUGAGUCCUCCAUCCUUAGGCAUUACCAGUCUGAACACAGUGCCAGCUCAUGCCUUUGGAUAAUCUUUAUACGUAAAUAUCACAUAAGAUUAGGCUCAUUAAGAUAGCACUUUACUGAUCCCAAGGGGAAAUUAGUGUGUUCUAACAGCAUACAUAAAAGGCAAGGCACAAAUACAAAUAAGAAAUAAAGUAAGUAUAAAACGUUAAGGAUAGAGUAAGAAAGUAAAUAAAUAUUGAAAAUAUAGAAAAAUAAAAUUGCUGGAGGUGGAGGGGACUUUCUGGAAAUCCACCACGAGCUCCUUUGUCUUCCUGGUGUUUAGUUGGCGAUGGCUGCACUGACGCUGGUCGACAAAGCUGUUUGCCAGGCUUGUGUAGGCCACCUCCCUUCUCACACUAAUACACCCCACAAUAACAGUGUCAUCAGAGAACAGUAUUCUGUAGUAGGUCAGAUACAUUUAUAUUUAUAUAAAUAAAUUAUAUAAUGUAAAUAAAUUAAAUUUUAAAGUUUCAUAAAUUCAGCUGAGUUUUUGGUCUCAGUUUCCAGUCAGUGUUUAUAUAGCCUUAGUCUCGCAUUUACUUCAUUUACUGUAGUUUCAGCAUUCGUAAAUUGUGCAAAUUUUGUUUCAAACUUACACAGCCAAAUAAAAUUCAUAUAAUGGGCCAAGUGAACUCUAAAAUACAAACUUCUGCAAGUAGUGAUAAAUAUUCCUUUUUAUAGUUAUACUCUAUAUUACUUGAACCAUCCAAAAUACUGAAAUGGAUUAUUAUUGCUAUGGAGGCAACUUUAAUGCUUAUGUACUCCAAAACCCAACAAAUGGUCCAAUGUAACAAUAAGUGCAGUAUUGCUGAUGUUGAGUGUUACAUGCCUUUUUGUUUCAUCCCUGUUCACAUACAAUUCAUGUACAUUUUUGCACAUGAAACAUGGUGUAUGUUUCAAACCUUUUUUAGUCAUUUACAGUAGUUCAGAAUGGAAGUAUACCAGUUCCCAAGGAUGCAAAUAUACAAUUGACUGAGCUGCUUAAAGAACAGUCAUGCUUACAUGCAUUUGCAGACCUUUAGUCUGCUGAAACCCUGAAUUAUACUGCUACCAUUUUAUAGUGAAAAUACCGGAUUUAAAUUUAAUGUCUGCAGGCAAACACUACACAAUACAACUACAACUAUUAGAUCAUGUGCAAGCAUUAAUAAAGUGAACUAUUUAAUGUGUGUGUACAAUAAAUGACAAAAACAUAUGAUUGUGUAUGAUGUUCCCUUGAAUGUCAAUAAAUAGUUUAUUGAACAAA